AAAGCAAAUAAAAGACGGGGUACGACUUCACUUGGGUUUUGUACAAAAUACAAAAAUGGCGUCCACACCGGCGAGCAAGGGCACGCGAAAAACGUACAGUUUCGAAGAAAGAGAAAUUUUAGUUAAUUUGAUAUAUAAAUACCUGGUGGACGGCGACGAGGAGAAACCACUGGACACCUCGGGUUCCGGCUCGAAAAAAAAGUCGGCUUGGUCCCAGCUAACCGAAGAGUACAACUCGCUCGUGGGUUCGGACAAUUCACGGACCUCCAUCCAGUUGCGGAGAUGCUGGGAGAAUAUGAAAGCUAACAAAAAGAAUCGCGACGACAAACGAACGACGGAGAAAACCGCGAGCGAGAACCUUCCACCGCAACUGCCCCCGGCGAAUGUGGCUCUUCCGCCGAACGUUGUGUUUCGAUCGAGCGACUCUGAACCGUUUACGUUCGAAGGGAUGCUGCCUUCUAAUUUUAAAAAGCAAGAAUCCAAUCUCGAUGACAAACGAACGACUGAGAAAAUGGCGACUGGCGACCCCCUUCUGCAACCGCUUCCAACGUCUCUGCGACUUCCGCCGAACGCCGUGCUGCAACCGAACGACUCGGAACCGUUUGCGUUCGAGGGGUUGCUGCCCUCUACUUUUCAAAGACAUUCGAACAAAGAUAUAGAAUUAAAUGGGCAUGCAGCUGGAUCAGAGCAAGUUGAAAAUCGCGAAUCAGUAGCAAUGGAUAAAAUUUUCGUUGAUACUGAAGAUCCACCAUCGAAAAAAAUGAAGAAAAAGUCUCCUAAAAAUCAGAUUAAACCAAAAUUACCGAAAUCUAAUAAAAUGCAGAAAAAUGAGCUGUACGAGUACACGAUUUCCGAGGCGCAAUUGAAGUUGGAUACAGCUGCUUUGUUGAAAGAGGAAGCAAAGCUAAAACUCGAAGAGGCAGAGUACAGAAAGGAAGAAGCCAGAAUGCGUAUGAUCUGCGCUAACUAUAAAUUGCAAAGAUUGAGAGAAGACUGCGAAGCCGCGAUUGAUGAUAGCGAAGAGAAGUAAUCUUUAUUAUAUGGUUAUUAAAAAGUUUAUUUAUAUGUACUGUAAAAAGCUGUUACGUUUACUACUUUAGCUAUAUCUAGUAAUUGUUAUAAAGAUAAAAAAAACGUUAUGACAAUUUUAUUGAAUGAAAAUGUAUUCUAUUUAAAAAUCUUAAUAUAGGUAAAUACUUAUAUUUAAAUUACAUUUAGAUUUUAUUACAUAAUAAGGUUGUUUACAAUGUACAAAUGCAGUUGGCAGUUUUAAAGAUUAUUGUACCGACUUGCGUUUAAAAUCGCAUAAUGUCAAUGUAACAAUAACCUUAAACAUACCCUUCAAUUAAUAAAUGCAACAAAAUUCGA